AUGAUUUCUUCAAAAUCACUUUUACUGAACAUUCUUCGGACUUCGACGACGACAUUAUCUGUUUUACCUAGAGUUUUAACAAGUUCGCCUCUAUUUAGCUCUAAAAGAUUUACAUCGUAUUCGACCGGAAAUGGCAAUUUGCAGGAUAUUAACCACAAGAAUAUUAGCGUCGAACUCUCAAAAAACCCAAAAACGCCUCUUCCCUAUAAAGAUUUAGUGUUUGGACGUUCUUUCACAGAUCAUAUGCUUAACAUUGAAUGGGAUAGUAAAAUUGGCUGGUCGAACCCUAUAAUCAAGCCAUAUGGUCCACUUUCUCUGGAUCCCAGUUCAGUCGUGCUACAUUAUUCUUUUGAAUGUUUCGAAGGAAUGAAAGCUUAUAAGGAUAAACAAGGAAAGAUAAGAUUAUUCAGACCGGAUAUGAAUAUGAAGAGACUCGUCAAAUCUGCCAACAGAAUAGCACUACCGACUUUUAAUAGCGAAGAAUUGGGUGAAUGCAUCAAGGAGCUUAUCCGUGUUGACAAACAUUGGAUUCCUCAAGAACGCGGAUAUUCAUUAUAUAUUCGUCCCACAUUUAUUGGGACACAGGCAUUCCUCGGUGUAGGACCAACAUCGAAAGCUCUUCUCUAUGUGAUAUGUUCCCCUGUAGGACCAUAUUACAAAACUGGUUUUAGUGCCGUAAAAUUAUUGGCUACCACUGAAAAUGUUAGAGCUUGGCCUGGUGGUACAGGCGAUGCUAAACUCGGUGGAAAUUAUGCUCCUUGUGUGAAACCACAGAUUGAGGCAGCCGCUAAAGGUUAUCAGCAGAAUUUAUGGUUAUUCGGCAAACACGAUGAGAUUACGGAAGUGGGAACAAUGAAUUGCUUUGUCUAUUUGAAAAAUGAACAUGGUGAAAACGAAUUGGUUACCCCGCCACUCGAUGGUUCCAUACUCGCUGGAGUGACACGUGAUUCCAUAUUAAGUCUCGCUCGAUCAUGGAACGAGUAUCAAGUGUCUGAGCGCAAAAUAACAAUGCUCGAAAUUAUACAAGCGUCAGAAGAAGGUCGAUUACUCGAAAUGUUUGGUUCAGGCACUGCGUGUAUUGUAAGUCCCAUCAAAGAAAUUCGAUAUCGAAAUCUCGAUAUCAAAGUGCCUUUGGAUCCGAAAAACCCAUCAAGCAAUGCUGGCCCUGUCGCUAGAAAAUUUGCGGAUUUCUUAAUGGGUAUUCAAUACGGUGAAAUACCGCAUGAAUGGUCUGUUAUUGUUGAAGAGUGA